GUGUGUGAGAAGGAAGAAUGGCGUAUGGUUGUGGUUUAAUAUUAUAUGUUUUAUAAGUUAUAAUAAACUAUUCAGAAUUGUUUGUUGUCGUGAGGUUAGUGACUGGAGUAUCUGAAUAUCAUCCAGAGUUGUGCUGGAUAGCUGUAUAAAUUUUAAUUUUCUUUUUUUUUAUGAGUUUAGAAAUAAAAUAUGAGUGUCGACGCUUAUGGACCUAGCUCUCAAACUUUGACUUUCCUUGACACCGAAGAAGUAACAGAACUUCUUGGCGCUGAUACACAGGGCUCAGAAUUUGAUUUUACUGACUUUACUCUUCCUUCGCAAACUCAGACUUCUCAAUUAGAGCAUCCUCAAAACCAUAUAAGAAGUCAGCUUAACGGCCCAGAAGUUCCUCUUCAGAAUGGAUUGGCGAGAGAUGUUGCUACUGCCACUCAAGGUUUUGGUGAAUUGACAUUUGAAGAAGACGAAGAAGAUCAGUACUAUGCAAAAGAUUUACCUGAUCAUGCUUGCAAAUACUGUGGGAUUCAUGAUCCAGGCUGUGUGGUUCAGUGUAAUGUAUGCAAGAGGUGGUUUUGUAAUGGAAGAGGAAAUACUUCUGGAAGUCACGUAAUCAAUCAUUUGGUACGUGCCAAACACAAGGAGGUGACUCUUCAUAAAGAUGGACCUUUGGGAGAAACUGUUUUGGAAUGUUACAGUUGUGGUUGCCGUAAUGUAUUUGUUCUUGGCUUCAUUCCAGCAAAAGCUGAUUCAGUUGUGGUGCUUCUGUGCCGUCAACCAUGUGCUGCUCAAAGUAGCCUUAAAGAUAUGAACUGGGACCCCGAGCAGUGGAAACCUUUAAUUAACGACCGCACCUUUCUGACUUGGUUGGUUAAAGUUCCGCAAGAGCAAGAACAACUCCGGGCACGUCAGAUCACUGCACAACAAAUAAAUAAGUUGGAAGAAUUAUGGAAGGAAAAUGUUGAUGCCACUUUUCAAGACCUGGAGAAACCUGGUGUUGAUGAAGAACCUCAGCAAGUUCUGUUAAGAUAUGAAGAUGGUUAUCAGUAUCAAAACAUAUUUGGACCACUUGUGAAAAUGGAGGCAGAUUAUGACAAGAAAUUAAAGGAAUCCCAGACUCAAGAUAAUAUUGAAGUGCGAUGGGAUAUUGGAUUGAACAAGAAGAUCAUUGCCUAUUUUACCAUUGCCAAGUCAGAUACAGACAUGAGACUUAUGCAUGGUGAUGAGUUGAGACUGCGAUAUUUGGGAGAACUUCAUAAACCAUGGUCUGGGGUUGGCCAUGUGAUCAAGAUCCCUGACAACUAUAGUGAAGAAGUUGGUAUUGAAAUGAAAACAAACUUAGGAGUCCCUUCUGAAUGUACAUCCAACUUUGUAGUUGACUUUGUUUGGAAAUCAACAUCUUUUGACCGAAUGCAAGCAGCUUUGAGAAAAUUUGCUGUAGAUGAGACCUGUGUAUCUGCUUAUAUUUAUCAUAAGCUUCUGGGACACGAAGUAGAAGAUGUCAUUUUGCGUUGUCAAUUACCUAAACAUUUUUCUGCUCCAAACUUGCCUGAGCUGAACCGUUCUCAAGUAUAUGCAGUAAAACAUUCACUUCAGAGACCUCUUUCUUUGAUUCAAGGGCCACCAGGUACAGGAAAGACUGUUACUUCUGCUACUAUUGUCUAUCAUCUGAUGAGACAAAGUAAUGGCCCUGUUCUAGUGUGUGCACCUAGUAACAUAGCUGUUGACCAACUGACAGAAAAGAUUCAUCGCACUGGAUUAAAGGUUAUUCGUUUAUGUGCAAAAAGUCGUGAAGCUAUAAAUUCACCAGUUUCAUUCCUGGCAUUACAUAACCAAAUCAGGAAUAUGGAAGGUCACUCAGAGCUGCACAAGCUACAACAGCUUAAAGAUGAGACUGGUGAGCUUUCUUCAUCUGAUGAAAAACGUUAUCGAAUGCUAAAGAAAGCAUGUGAAAAAGAACUUUUGGAGGCUGCUGAUGUAAUAUGCUGCACUUGUGUGGGUGCAGGAGAUCCACGACUUGCACGCUUUAAGUUCCAUUCCAUUUUGAUUGAUGAAAGCAUGCAAGCUACAGAACCUGAAUGUAUGGUUCCUGUUGUUCUUGGGGCAAAACAGUUAGUGCUGGUUGGAGACCAUUGUCAACUGGGUCCUGUGGUUAUGUGUAAAAAAGCAGCCCGAGCAGGAUUUUCACAAUCUCUUUUUGAACGUCUUGUGGUGCUAGGUAUCCGUCCUCUGCGACUUGAAGUCCAGUAUCGUAUGCAUCCACAAUUAAGCAAGUUCCCUUCCAAUUUUUUCUAUGAGGGUUCACUUCAAAAUGGAGUUUAUGCUGAUGAGCGAAAAAUGGAAGGAGUUGAUUUUCCAUGGCCUCAGCCAGACAAGCCUAUGUUCUUUUAUGCCUGUCAAGGACAAGAAGAGAUAGCUGGGUCUGGUACAUCCUAUCUGAACAGAACUGAGGCAUCCUUAGUUGAGAAAUUGACCACUAGGUUUUUGAAAUCGGGACUGAAACCAGAGCAGAUAGGAGUUAUCACUCCUUAUGAAGGUCAACGUGCUUACCUUGUCCAGUAUAUGCAGUACAAUGGUUCUCUUCAUGCCAAACUAUAUCAGGAAAUUGAGGUAGCAAGUGUUGAUGCUUUUCAAGGAAGAGAAAAGGAUUUGAUCAUCAUGUCUUGUGUACGCUCUAAUGAACACCAAGGAAUUGGUUUCUUGAAUGAUCCACGAAGACUUAAUGUUGCUUUAACCAGAGCCAGGUAUGGAAUCAUCAUUGUGGGCAACCCUAAAGUUUUGUCUAAGCAACCUUUGUGGAACCAUCUUUUGACUUUCUACAAGGAAAAUAAAGUAUUAGUUGAAGGCCCUUUAAAUAACUUGAAAGAGAGCAUGAUCCAAUUCAGUAAACCACGGAAAUUGGUUAAUAGUGCCAAUCCAGGUGGCCAUUUUAUGAAUACGACAAUGUUUGAUGCUAGAGAAGCCAUAAUUCCAGGGAGUGUGUAUGAUAGAUCAUCUCAUCUGAAUGGAGGUCCUGCAUACUUCAACAGAACACAUGAUCAGAUCUCAUACAUCAGCUCUGACAGAGCACAAGGGACUGUUACCAACUUGCCUGUGCCAAUUGGGAUGUUCAUGAACAUGGCUCAUAUACCACCUCGUUUUUAUAAUCAGCAUCAACAGGCAAUGCAGGCUCGUCAGAACUUGAAAAAUAGAGGUGCAGCCAAGAAAGGAAGUUUGCGACAGCAACGUACAAAUUUAUUACCUACCAAUGCAAAUGUGAACUUAUCACAACAAGGUUUUAAUAGCCAAGCAAGUCAGGACUUGUUGACAUCUUUCUCCCAAGGUCCACUCAUGCAAGGCCCACUGAGUAUGAGUCAAAUGAGUCAGCCAGGAUUUCAUGGCCUGUCUCAGCCUGGCUUGUCUCAACCAGAUCUUUCUCAGGAUAGCUACCUGGUUGAAGAAUUCCGUUCUCAAACUGAAGGAAUGCUGUCCCAAGAUUCUUCUUAUCAGGGGGAUCGAGCAUUAUUUGCAGCCUCUCAGGGUGGGCAGUUCUCCCAACCAUACUGAUUCACAGGUGGAGAUAAUCACCAGUAGCACUGGCCUACUGACCACUCCAAAGAGCAUCAGUCUAGCUCACCAGUGCAAGCAGCAUUGAAGAGUGAAAGAGCAAUGUAGGAGAAGAGGAAAUGGAAGGGGUUUUGAAUAUGGUGUCUCCAGUGACCACCCAGCCUACCUGUCAGCGGUGUCAUUCUGGCUUCCAACCAUGGGUUCUAAGUGCACACCCAUCUGUGCUUCACAGCUCUCUAAAUGGAGUCAGUUUUCACAGGCUUACUGUGUUUUUCUCGUCUGACUUGACCUGAAUAAUCCUCAUAUGGUGUAAGGCACGCAUGGGGAACUAUUGGUUUGUAAGCAUCUUGUGUAGGUUAUUGUUUUUCUCUGUACAUUUUUAGUUUCUUUAUUUUUUGGAUCUUGUUAGCUCAUGUUUCUGAUUGCAUUUAGCCAAUCACAGUCAGUGAUCUAAUAAGGAGGAAGAGUUGAAUAACAAGCUUAAAAAAUGUUAGCUAUUUUUGUAUAGCAGUUGUCAUUUUCACUGUUUUCAAUCCAUGUCUGUGGGUUAUUGGCAGUCACAAGAUUGGAAGAGACCUCUGGGCACUCAGCUUAGAUAAACAAGGCCCUGAUUGUUUUUCACCAGUUUGUUCAACAAGAAAUGAAAUUCAUGUGUAGUUAAGUUCAUCUGUGUUCAAAUCUUGUAAUGUCUAUGCGUAAUUGACAAUGUCUUUCUUAAAGCCAAGUAAAUAUAUCAUAGUAAAUCAAAAAUUUUCUUGUGCUCAUUUGUUUUAUUUUAUAUAUAGUUAUAUUUUUCUUUCUUUGUACCUCCUCUGUGGUUUAAGUGUGUUUCAGAAUUAAUCCAUCAAAGCAAAUUAAAUGUUUUGCAGUCUUGAGAUGUGGACUGUUCCAUUGCUUUCUUAAUAUAGUCCUGUGCAGAAUGGUAUCACUUUGUUGAGUUUGUACAAUAAUUUCAACCAGUGGUAAUAAAAAAGCUACAUAAACUUAAAAUUGCCAAUUUGUCCAACAUUAAAUCUUUAUUUAAACUUUAAUUAAUCCCCAGUAAUUGUGUGUAAAUGCGAAUUAAUGAAUAAAUUGUUUUUCUCAUGUAACUUUGUUACAUGAGACCAUGUGCAAGUGAUUUAAGGAUAAAACUUCCUUCAUUUUAAUAUUUAACUAUUAUCAUUCUUUAUCCCAGUUAGUUUCCAUUGAAAUAAAAGGUUUGUUCAGGUUUUUGAAAAAAAAUUGAAACAAGAUCAACUGUUAUUUUUGUGCACAUAGUUAUUUAGUGUAGUGUUUGAAUAAUUAUUUUGUUUUGGCACUUGUGUAUAAAGUUAAAAUCAUAAAUAAUAUUCAACGUUAAAAUUGGUACACAAGACUUUUUAAAUUCAAUUCAGAUAUUUAAAGUAGAACUGAAACAUUUUGUGAAAUAUAAUUGUAAUAUUAUCUGAAAUGGAGGGGUGUAUUAAGGUUAACUGGUGCUCUAGGCUCAUAAUUUUAGAUGCACCCCUUCCUUCUUGAAUGAUUCACCAGAAUAAUUAUCCACCAAAAUGAGAACAACAAUGAUUUAAAAUGCAAUAAAAUGGAUGGAAAUUAGGUUUUAUUAUAUGUUUAAAUUGUAUAAAAUACUAACUAACAAAAUGUUUUUUUUUUUCUGUCCAUUGCAUUGGUAAACUUUUCAACAAUUUCAUUAAAAUCUAGACUUCUUAAUAUAUCAUACUCAUUGGAUAAGCAUGAAAGAGCAUUACAUUUUUUUUCUCUGAGAAUGUUGACUGAAAAUAGUUUUUCACUCUGAAGCAUUGAAAAAGAUCUUUCUCUGCUACAUUUAGUGAUAGCUGUGCAUAAGAAAAUGUGCAGAAUUGUUUCAAUAUUUGGAAAUACAUACUUAAUGUUUAGGCUUUUAAUCAAUUUUAACAUUUUCAUAGCUGAAGAUACAACCUCUUUGCAUGUAUGAAUUAGUGACUGCAGUUGCAAGCAUUCCUUGGCCAGUGAAUCUUCUAAAUCCAUAUUAUUCAAAUUCAAAUUAUGUUUACAAAUUCCAUAUGUAUUCAUUGAGUUUAUCUUGGCCAAAAAUCCAAAUCAUGUGAGGGGCAUUUCAAUUAUAACAAGAAAUGUUUCCAUCCUGAGUAUUUGUUUGCUCUCCAGUUGAGCAUCUCCAUAAUUAUUUUCACCAAAAAAUAGUUUCAUUUUCAUCUUAUUUGUGACUCUCAACUUUUAUUUCAUGCAAAUUGAUGGCCUCCAAUUUAAAGGUAUCAAAAUCGUAUCAAAUAGAAGUUAAGUAAUCAUUGAGAGAUUUGUACAGCAUUAGAAUGGUCCCUAAGUUUACAUCAGGACUUUGCAGUUUUUUACUUGUUUUGUUGAAUUUAUCCUAAACAAGACACCAAAAACAAAUCAUUAUCACUAUUUCAAGGCAUUCCAGUUUUUCUUUUAUCCAAUGUGCCUCCGAUCUAUUAGUGAGUUUUUAGUUUUAUCAUCUGAUAUUCACUGGAGUUAAUAUAUAUCUUCUUUACACAAAUUAAACAAAGCUUUACUUACAUUUGCAUGAGCACUCCAUCGAGUGACUGACAAGUUUUUAACAAUCAAUAAACCAUGCAUAAAUUUGGACAGCAAAAUUUCCCAAUGGUGAGUAAAAGAAGUUGAAAAGCUUUUGUUCCACUUUGAAAAAGGUGGUUGCAUAUUGGCAGCAGAUAAUCCGAUAGGAUUCAAAGAGUGAGCUGAGUGGGAUAUGUAAACAGCUAGUGGACUGAUGUUUUAUAUCAUAGCUUGGAGCCCACUUUAUUGACCAGACAUUUUAUUUGCAUUGUCAUAGCUUUGACCACAGCAGUCGUCCAGCUUUAUGACAUGGAUUAGGUAGAAAAGUAAUAAAUUGCUCAACAGGAGAACCAUGUGCACAAACAUAGCGCUUUAUGAAAGUUAGUUGAUUGAUUUUGGUGUUUAGUACACACUAGUGGAAAAGUAUUUUGCAACUUUCAGUUUCACAAUUAUUUACUUUUGAAUGUGUUCAUGGGUGAUAAAUAUAACAGGUUACCUUUUCCAGCAUUACCAAAUCUAGCUAUAUGAUCAGCCAUGAAUGGAUUGAAUAUGCCUAUAAGCUCUAAAAAUUCCAUGAAUAGCCAAAAACUUCAUUGUGACCUGGAGUUGGCAGUCUCAGAAAUGCCAAAAACUUAAUUAUUUUGAUCACUUGUGAAAAUAUUUCUUCAAUAUGUUAUUUCUUCUUCCAAUUGAAUUACAGUUUAUUUAUCAGUACUUUCCAAUUUUUUCCCCUAAUAGUUAACAACAUGACACAUUUUUAAUGUUCAAGAGAUAUUUCAUGAUCCUCCACUCUUAUUUUUCCAGUUGGAAAAGCCAGUAGUGAAUGAACAUGCAUCACUGAAAAGUUUGAAUGGAGCACAAUAGGCUGCAUCCUUAGAAGGAGAAUAUACUAGAUAUUUAUAUUCUGCUUUUGCUCAUUUGCAAGUUUUUGAGUAAAUAAAACUUUCCAAAGAUACCUUUUUUUAUCAGAAUACAUUUUCAAAGAUCUAUAGAAAGCACAUUUGUUUUGCUUUAUUUUGAGCAAUACUGUUGCAAAUAUAAUUGUUAGUUACCCAUUCAGCUGGAUCUUCACGUACCUCAACAUUGUAUUAUGAUUAAAAAUGUCCUUUAUUACCUACACUUUCAUUUGUAUGUUGGACAUGUGGUUCGCCUCCAAUUUCAAUAUCUUGAGCUUGUAAUAAACCAGUCUCACUGUCACUUAUAUUGCUUAUUGAUGGAAUAAUAUCACUUUCCUGGCUAGUCCUAGUACUUGUUAACUGAUUGUCCUUCCAUGAAGAAAUGGUGAAAAAUGUAUGCAGUUUGAUUUUUUUAAAUAAACUUUUAUUAUUCA